AUGACGCAGUCGCCGUCAUCUUCUUCCAUUGACGAACCCGCCGAAAACACGGCCGACGAGGAGGAUUGCGAGGAUUACUGCAAGGGUGGCUACCACCCUGUGCAUGUUGGAGAAAAAUACAAGGAUGGAAAGUACACAGUCGUUCGCAAGCUGGGAUGGGGUCACUUCUCCACUGUCUGGCUCUCGAAAGACAACAACAACGGAAGACACGUCGCCCUCAAGGUCGUGCGCUCCGCUGCCCACUACACCGAGACGGCCAUCGACGAGAUCAAGCUCCUCAACAAGAUAGUCCAGGCCAAGCCUGAACACCCUGGCCGGAAACACGUCGUCAGCCUCCUCGACUCGUUUGAGCACAAAGGCCCUAAUGGCACGCACGUCUGCAUGGUCUUUGAGGUCCUUGGCGAAAAUCUACUGGGCCUUAUUAAGAGAUGGAACCACCGUGGCAUUCCCAUGCCAUUGGUCAAGCAAAUUACCAAGCAGGUCCUCCUUGGCCUCGAUUACCUCCACCGCGAAUGCGGCAUCAUCCACACUGAUCUCAAACCGGAAAACGUCCUCAUUGAGAUUGGCGAUGUCGAACAGAUUGUCAAGAGGGUCGUCAAGAAUGACAACACCGACAAGGACAGCACCACCAGAAACGGCAGGAGGAGGCGGCGCACCCUCAUUACCGGCAGUCAGCCCUUGCCAUCGCCUCUCAACACCGGGUUCAACCAACCCAGCCACUUCUCCGGGUCUAGUGCUCAAGCCAGUCUGGCUGGUGUACUGAAUGACGGCUCCGACAAGAAGAAGGAUUCAACAGCAUCGCCAGAGGAGUUACAGUUACAGAGAGAAAAGAGCGCUGAUGUCCUGUCGCGGGAAGUCUCUGGUAUCUCGCUGGACAAGUCGAACAGCCCGUCUUCAUCAGGGAGCAAACGAAAGGCUGAAGACGUGCUGCCCUUCGAAAUCAUUAGCGUCAAGAUUGCCGAUCUGGGAAAUGCAUGCUGGGUAAAUCACCACUUCACAAACGACAUCCAGACCCGCCAGUAUAGGUCCCCUGAAGUCAUCUUGGGAGCCAAGUGGGGAGCUAGUACCGAUGUCUGGAGUAUGGCUUGUAUGGUUUUUGAACUCAUUACUGGAGACUAUCUGUUUGACCCCCAAUCAGGCACCAAGUACGGUAAAGAUGACGACCACAUUGCACAAAUCAUUGAGCUAUUGGGACCAUUCCCCAAAUCGCUGUGCCUCAGCGGCAAAUGGAGUCAGGAAAUAUUCAACCGCAAGGGAGAUCUCCGAAACAUUCACCGCCUACGGCAUUGGGCACUGCCUGACGUGCUUCGAGAAAAGUAUCACUUUAAGGAAGAUGAUGCCAAGCGAAUCUCAGGCUUCCUGACGCCCAUGCUCGAGUUGGUCCCCGAUAAGCGGGCCAAUGCUGGUGGCAUGGCAGGGCAUGGAUGGUUGGAGGAUACACCAGGUCUAAAAGGGGUCAAGCUAGAGGGUCUAGAGGUUGGCUCAAGGGGUGAUGGUAUCGAUGGCUGGUCUACGGAGAUUAGAAAGCGAUGA